UAUAUGUCGUAAUUAUUUGAGGCGGCCGGAAAUAGUUUAUGUUUUUGAAGGAAAGAGGAGUGUUCCGAAUCUUUGGUUCAGUUAUCUAAUGUUCUUUCUUCAUUCUAUGCACUGUUAGCUUUCGUAUUUUUACAGAGUUGUACCCUGCUAAUUUAGUGGAACGAUGUCGGUUGGACCUCCCAACCGAUCUUCUACCGGUUGGCCACGCCGUGGACUCAACCAGAUCGAAAUGAGCCCGCUGUCCAAACCUCUCACGCUGGAGAGAACCAUCAAUUUAUAUCCCCUUACAAAUUACACGUUUGGUACAAAGGAACCUCUUUACGAGAAGGACAGCUCUGUGGGGGCUCGAUUUGAGCGGAUGCGCGAGGAGUUCGAAAAGAUAGGCAUAAGGAGGGCAGUGGAGGGGGUUCUGAUCGUGCACGAGCACAGGCUACCACACGUUCUACUACUGCAGUUGGGGACAACCUUCUUCAAACUUCCUGGUGGAGAGUUGAAUGCAGGUGAGGAUGAAGUGGAAGGACUGAAGCGAUUGAUGACAGAGAUCCUGGGUCAUCAGGAUGGGGUGAAGCAGGACUGGGAGAUUGAUGACUCUAUUGGAAACUGGUGGAGACCCAACUUUGAGCCCCCACAGUACCCCUACAUCCCAGCACACAUUACCAAACCCAAGGAGCACAAGAAGCUGUUCCUUGUUCAGUUGCAGGAAAAAGCACUGUUUGCAGUGCCCAAGAACUAUAAGCUGGUGGCUGCCCCUCUGUUUGAGCUGUAUGACAAUGCGCCAGGCUACGGGCCAAUCAUAUCCAGUCUCCCACAGCUUCUGAGCAGGUUCAACUUAAUUUACAAUUAAGUCCCUACAACCUGAGUGUGGUGAGCAGGGACUGUCUCUGUGAGUUCAGUCUGGGCAGAGGAAAAGGGGCAAGCUGGAUUUCACUACACCUACCUUUAAACAGAGUACCCAGUAGUACUACACAUUUGAAUAUUGAUCUGUAUAGAAAAUAAGAUGAUGUUAUUAAUCUUUUUCUGUCAACUUUUUUAUGCUUACAGAACUAUAACUUUGUGACAUGAAACAUUUUUGUAUUCACACAAAAGUUGAAUUUGUAUGUUUGUGUAGAUGUGUUAAGAAAAUAAAACCGUGUGUUUUUAGUCGUUGUAACAUA